UUUGUUCCAGGGUGAUAUGGCUGCCGGCAAAAAAAGAUUGUUUAUCACCUGGCUUCAGAAGACAUUGAAACUAGUGCAUGAUUUGUAUUUCAAGCUGUUAGGAUGUUUUACUGGUACUUUUUCAAACAGGAUAAACCCAGUCCAUUUAAAACAAAGUUAAAAUUUCACCUUUAAACACAAAAAUUCUUAUGAUUAUAAAAUGAACUGCAGAGCAUUUGUGAAAUGUGUUUGGCAUAAACACAAAAACCACCGGAAGUUGUUUAUUGCAACAUAUGUAAUACAUUUAAAUUUGUUUCCAUAUUGCAUUCAUCUCAACCACAAAUCCUACAUCAAAGCUUCAGUUUCCACUUGCGGGUUAAUAUGUCUGUCCUCUGAGCUGAUGCAAGCUGCAGCACAUGGUGUGUGUGUGUGUGAGAGAUGUUGUAAGCCUUCCAGAGGUUUGUGACAUUCUGUUCUUUCAGAUUGCAGAAGUUCCGUGAAGAAGAUUCCAACCUGUACUUCAAUGCUAAGUCACCAUGGCGAUGGUGUGAGUUCACCUGUCACCCGAGAGUCAUGGUGUACGCUGACAGAACGGGGGCGGAGCUUACAGACAUUCGGAGUGCUGAUUGUAAUCACACGUUGUUCCGGAUCGGAAGGACAGCAGCUUGUAUGUCGGGAGAGCGAGUGAUACUCACCAAAUACCUGAGUAGAAGCCAUGCCCAUCACCACCUCAUCAAUACCCAGUUUUCCACCUACAUCAUGGAUGAACGGGUUCCCGCUAUCCCCAUGCUGAAAUGGGAUCAUAUGAUGGAGUCUCCACCGAUGUUUGCUUGCGAUUUGCCAGCACAGACCCCGAGGCAAACGUGCAAACUGCUGCUGGGUGCUCAGAGGUCACAGGAACUCAUGUUACUGCAGUACACGGGCGGGAGAGAGCACGUCUGUCAGACUCGGGGAUCCGUUCUAAAGCUUUCAAGUCCCAAAGAGAGUCUGAGCCACCUAAACCGUCUGCUACCCCACGAGAGACACCUCGCUCAGAAGAGACUGAACGCGUCUGCUGCAGGUUUCACAGCUGUACAGAAGAAGGACUUCCUGACGGUUUUCCAGCUUACAGAAACCGGAGACCUCUUUUACCAAACGCUGAAGUUGCACACCGAUCAGACCGCAAGCAGUAAUGACGCACCAGAACAAUCUGUCAGUGUGCAACCUACAGUAGAAACUGGAGAAAGCGAGAAUAUACAGUCCCACGCCGAAAUUGAUGACCAAUCUGUUCAGAGUGACUCAGAUACUGAGGGACGGCAUGCGGUGCACUGGCAUUUGGAAGUUAUUGACAAUGUUGAUAAUGAUGACUUAAAUCCUUUGGAUGCCAAUGAAAAUAUCAGGAAAGAACCAUCAAACCAUUCGAUUGGGAAUAACCCAACUUGUUCCACCAGACCGCCCAACCCAAGUAAGGAUCCAGAUCUCCAAGCUGUCUGGAGCAAAUGGUUUAAGCCCCUUUUUAAAAAGGCCAAAAAGCGGCACCUUAAAUUUCAACGGGUCAGGACGGAUGAUUUAAAGGGCACGAUGGACAAAAAGCUGAAUAAACUAAAGAAAGAUCAGUUGAUGAGACUGAGGAAAGACCUUCAAGAGGUCAUGAGGAAGAAGGAGAUGCUCUUGCAUGGGGUCACUUACCUCCCUCACCUGAACGUUACGCCGGUUCCCGAUCCUGUGGAUCCCGAUGAUUGGCCUGACGAUGUGAGCCAGCGGUUGGCUGCGUCGUGGGAGGGCCAGUGGACAAACUGGUGGGAGGAGAAGCUUGGUUUGAACCGGGACAUGAAAAUGGCUGCUCUCCGUCGAAAACGUCGGAGACAGAAGCAGGCCAAAGCUCGCAAUCGCACCUCACUGUCUGGAAGCUUCACCUCGUCUGUGAGUUACCAAGAGAAUCUGUCUGGUUUGUCAUCGGUGGAGAGUGAAGGUCCGGGAUCGGAUGACGAGAUUUUGGAGAACUCGAACUCGCAAGUUUCGGACAUGGAGGAAUGGAGAGCCAGACCUGAGAUUCACAGAAAGAGCCCCGUCAUACUGAGACGGUUUUUAAAUGAACAGUCGACUGCAGACAAAUCUAGAUCUCCUAGAAAGUCUCCUCCAAGGCCUGAUCAAAACCUUUCGACAUCUCCGUCAAAAUCUCAGUCUUCCAUUCAGGAUGAACGACCGACCUCUAGAACCCCUAGUGUUACAGCAGGGAUGGAUUUGGGCCCUCCUGCGUCGCUCCCCUCCACACGGCCAACAUCUGUCCAAUCGAAAAGGCGCAAGGAGUUUUACCUUAGUUCCCUUCCCACAUCCCAAAUGUCGACUCAGGACUCUGCACCGGAUGGUGGAUAUCCUUCACCUGGGGUUCACCUUUCUUCUCCAUCUCAUCGUUCCUUGUCUUCCAAGAGAGUUCCCCAAUUCAGAAGCCUCUCUCAGGCCUCCCAGCCAAAGAAGAAAUCUCGGAUGGGCUUCUAAAGAUCCGCCUCCGAAAACAAGGAAUGCUGGAAGGAAGGUGUGCUGUCUUUACCUCUCGCUCUCGUCCCAUGCACCCUCUGGGAUGGUUGGCAGCUCGGGGACGCUGCGGUAGCUGCUGUGCAGGUUCUGCGCCGUCCUCCUCGAGACGAUCCACACCAGUUUCUUGUGGUCAGGUUUGGCACAUUCUGGAGAGGAGUAUUCCCUCAUACAUUGACCUACCAGACCUCGCCAGCGCGCCAGGUCAGCCUUGGAGAUCUGCAAACAGACGCGGCUGCAUUAGACACCAGCUUACAUAAGGACAGGGCAGAGAGCCAGCCUCAUUUUGGACCGCAGUAAACCAAUAGCCUGCUGGCAACAGGACUGGGUUAAGAGCUUUAGAUUCUUCCUACUCCAUAGAUGUUUAAGUGCCUCUGAAACUAAAGGUAUAUUUUUGUCUACAAAUUGCCUGAUUAAACUACUUGACUUUGAACCAAACAGAGCGGUCUGUGACAUUCAACUUCUUUUCUUCACUUUUAAAAAGUUUUAUUGAUACUGUUUAAAAAGGUUGACAUACUUAUGAAUUUUUACCUUUAAGUGUGUUUGUAUGCGCUGGGCGAUUUCUAGCAGGUCUGCAGACUGUAAGGCCUCGAUUUCAAGCAUCAAGAGCGACAAAGCGAGCACCGAAGGCUAAAAAACAAAAAGAGAGUUCAUCAGAAUUCAAACUUCUAUGUAACUUACUUCAAGAAUCACUGUUUAAGUUGUUCUUUCUUACUUUUGCUUUGGAGAAAAUGAUUCUGCAUAGGCAGGCUUUCAGCUGGGCUUCAAGUUUGUCAAGAUUCAGUACGUCUUUUCUGAGGAAAAAAAGAAUUGGUGCAUUAGAGAGAUUUUGUUAGCCAAUCUUAUAUAAUUUAACAAAUCUAGUCGGAAGAUAAUCUCCUAGUUUCACUGUGACCCACAUACAGCAAAGUGCAGUUGCCAGCUCGGUUUAUCAACCUUUACAAGUCAAAGUUUCCAUUGUCAGUCUGCAUGUUAAUAUAGUUUAUCUGGCUCAGAGUCUGAAGUUUGAUGAUUCCAGCCGUUCUCACCUGUUGGACGUGUGCGAAAGUGCAAUGGCGUGGUACAAAUGCAGGAAGGUUAAGGCUGUGACGGCUUUUAACUGGAAGUUGAGCUUCUCUGAAAUGAUCUUCUCCAUUCGGCUGAGGUCUGAGACUGUGAACUUGCACUGGCUGAUCCGAAUGAGCUCAUGGCUGGACGAAACAUUGCACUCUUCUUCGGUCACUCGGGCGGCGAUGUGAAGGCAACCGAUGCUGAUGCAGGCCAGAUACUUGGGCUGAACCUUUAAGCAACAUAAAAGUGGUCAGUCAUAACACAUUUUAAUAUGUUAAGCAUUUGAAUUGACCUAUAACUUAACUGGUUACCUUCAUCAUAGCUAUAAACCUGUCCAGCAGGUUAACGGCUAGUACAAAGGUCUGAGUGCUGUAACCGAAGAAACUGGUCAAGCUCCAGAGAUCUUCCACUCGGGAAUCUCGACAUUUGGCUGAAACCCCAUUACCGUUCUGUGUGGAUGAGGAGAAAUGAGUAACAAGUUUAAAACUGAUAUUUGUCGGACGCUUUGAGUAAAAGAUCACAAAAAAGUAUUUGUAAAGUAUGCAAUGUACAGAAAUAAAAUGCAAAUUUCCAUAAUUGU